AUGCAACCAAACGACAAUCGUCAAUUGACAAUAUCCAAUUAUCCGGCGCAGACCCAGCCACAGUCAUCAAAACGUCACUCCUGUGAGAGUCAAGACCCCUUCAUGGGCAAUGUCAAACGUCAACGGACAAUAUUCGACAAAUCACCAACGCCCGAUAACGGUUGUGACGUUGCGCAAACUCCAGGGUCCAGUUUCACCCUCACUGAAAUCCUUCAUGAUUCAACCAAUGCCGACACUGUCGAAUCUCAGAGCUCUUUGGACCCCUCUCCAGGACCCCAAGACCCUUAUGACGACCCUUACGAUGAUCACGAGUUAGAUCAAUUAUUCGAGAGCCUCACUGAGCCCAUUUCUCUUUACAAGUCAGGAACGCCACCGCAUUUGGGUGACACCAUAGAUGAAUUUGCUUUGAAACGGUCGGACCAGGAUGCUUUGGCGGAACUUCUGAGGGAGGAAUCAUAG